AUGGCCGCCGACGCCGCCCGGAAAGACGACGACUCGAGCUCCGACUCGGACCGCGAGGAAGCGGGCUCCCCCCCGGAUGAGAAGGCGUUAAUCGGCAGCUUCAUCGACGCACAUCCGCCGCCGGCCGUGCCCCAGCGCUACGGCCGGCUGUCGUGCCCCGUCGUCAUCCCCCAGCGGCGGCCUGGCAACAAGGAGCGCGGCUUCGUGAAGGCGUACGCGCCCAUGCUGGCCCAGUGCGGCAUUGACCAGGACACCUUCCUGGACUUCAUCCGCACCUGUAACAAGGCUAUCCAGGCCUCCAAAUGGCUGGUCGCUCUCCAGGUGGCCGCCGCGGGCGCCGGGCUGGCCCCCAACAGCAUUGCCAUGGGCGUCGCCUUGGGCGUGCAAGUAGCGUCUGGCAUCGCCGCGCAGGCGCAAAUCAAGUGGAAAACCAACGCCUUCCUCGACCGCAUGAACGAGGAGUUCUUCCGCCCUCGCGGGCUCUACUGCCUGCUCAUGGCGUACAACCCGAUCCCGAUGCAGAAGAAGGACAAGACCGACGUCGCCCAGACCAUCUCCGCCGCCAUGCCCCCGUCUUCUGGCGGCGGCCUCUCCGCCAAGCUGAAGAAGAAUCUGCGGAACCCGUUUGCCAACGUCACGGAGGGCGAAGAGAACCUGCCCGAGCAGGUGGCGCCCUUGAUCUUCCCCGAGAAGCCGGCCAAGCCGGGCAAGAAGAGCAAGUGGGCCAAGUACAACCUGAACGACUUUUUUGACAAGAGGGCGCAGGCUCGAUACGCAGUCGAAAGCAACGGCGACGUCUUGUCCGUGCCGACUCCGCCAACAUUCAAAAACCGCUAUCUCGAUCCCAACCACCCGGCCAACAACGGCGGCCUGCUGGGCCUGCUGACCGGGGGCGCGCUCACCCCAGAUCCGCAGAAGCAGAAGCAGCGGAUGCUGGAGGCCAUCGCGGCGCAGGAGAAGGCAGUCCGCGAGCAGCAGCAGCUCCAGAUGGCGCAGCUCCGGACGCAGCUUGCGCAGAUGGGGCUCUCGCCGCAGCAGCAGCAGGAGCAGAUUGAGCAGUACGAAAAGGCCUUUCAGCUGCAGCUGGACCAGCUGCGUCAGCAGGCGGAAUGGGUGGAGAAAGGGCAGCGGAGGAUCGUUCAGAACAUCCUCUACCUAAUGAUCGUCAACAUGCCGUCAGACGAAGAACUAGCCGCUGCAAGAGAGCAACUCCGCGCAGCCGAGCAGGGCCAAUUCGCCGGGACGGAGAUGCCAGUGAAGACGGUUGACGUGUAG